AUGGACACUCUCGGUUGGAAUGGUGAAACCAUAAACAUGUCUCAAGGCCACAGACCAAUCUACUUACCGGAAAUAAGAAGAGUGGAAGAAUGUGGCGGCUUUGUCCAUGACGGUUACUUAGACGGUAUUCUAUCAGUCACACGAGCUCUAGGAGAUAGGGACAUGAAACUACCACGAGGGUCGCGAUCUCCACGCAAAGCGUAUCCAGAGAUCUAA